GUGUGUGUGUGUGUGUGUGUGUGUGUGUGUGUGUGUGUGUGUGUGUGUGUGUGUGUGUGUGUGUGUGUGUGUGUGUGUGUGUGUGUGCGUGCGUGCGUGCGUGCGUGCGUGCGUGCGUGCGUGUCAACAGGCGACCUAGGCGAUUGCCUGGGGCGACAAAUGUGUCCGGGGGCGCCCUCUAGUGGCGGCCUUAAUUAAUUGAAUUUAAUUUAAUUGAACAAGCAAAAUAUAACAUCUUUAUUAAACAUCUUCCCAAAUGGAACGAGCAAGGGGGAGAACGGGGGAUCCACUGCUAGUGCGGAAACCCUUACUGAAGCUCGCAGGAUAAUGCGAUAACCCUCCCCCCCGCCCCCCGCUCGGAGGAGGUCUCGCCAAGGGCUUUGUUCAAUCGCCAUUGUGUGAGUGUGUGUGUGUGUGUGUGUGUGUGUGUGUGUGUGUGUGUGUGUGUGUGUGUGUGUGUGUGUGUGUGUGUGUGUGUGCGUGUGCGUGUGCGUGUGCGUGUGUGUACACUACACAUAACCACAUUUCUGUAAAUUGUAAAAUGCUUCAGUUGUAAUUAAAGCAAUGAGGCUACUGUAUAAAACAAGGUUAUGUAGGGCAAAACAUUUUUUUUUCUUUGCCGAAACUUAAAUAACAAACAUAGGUUAACGCUGAGAAAAAUUGCACCUUGCAUCUAUAUACCAUGCAUAUCAAGGAUUAUCUUAUCUUUGAUUUUAUUUUAUACAACUGUUUACAUCAUGCUUCCACAUGGUGAAAUUAUUGUAGUCUGUUGUGCCCUCAUUGGUCCUUAUCUGGGCCGACCAUACCGUGAUCUGGGUGCUAAUUGGGGACAGGGUGAACACAGCAACGAGCAAGCCAUGGUGCAGGAGGUAGACUGGCACAAGAUCAACCUUGAUAAACUAGGGCCACAUGCUGCUGGUUUUUAUAUUAUGUUAGUCUUGGUGAGUGACAGGAGAACCAUUCCGUUUUCUCUCUUUCCUUUGGAGUUGACUCGGUAUUCGGUAGGAGUUUACCAUCCACAUAAUAUCAUCUUCAUCAUCUAGAUAUUGGCAUUGAAGCCAAGUUGAUAAGGCGGUCUCUUGAAUGAAGAGGGCAGGGCGGGGGCUGACGACAACUCAUUAAUGAAGGACACAGUGCGUUUACAUGCAGUGUUAUUAUCGGAUAAAGAAUCUAAUAAGACCUCAACCGGACUUUAAAAUGCAUGCAAACACCUUUACCCGAUCUACUUCGGACCGAAAUCGGUACAUGAACGGACAAGCGAGAUCGGAUAAGAACACCUCGAUAACUCGCAAAACUUCAAGUUAGCCUUUAAUCCGUUCUAGCUGUCCCAUGUAAACGCACUGACAGUAAGGCCUAUAUGUUUUCAUGCAUAUCUAACAUGAAUAAUGCAUAGGUCUAGCCUCCUAUUAUAAACUGUAUGUAACCUUUAUUAUUAUCCUGUCAUACAACAGAUCAUGAGAUAAGAUUAUGAGAGUCUUAUGACCCAACCUUUUCAAUAUAGAAGUUAAUACUAGUUCAUAUUAACUCUGAGCAAUUUGCACUUGAAGUUUAUCUGAUUACACAUUGGUGUUCCUACAUAACUAAGCACACAGUCUGCAGUCUAUUGGAUAUUGUCCACCAUGGCGGGCAAAGCGCACGGAGGCCUGAAAAUAAAGCGAGAGCUGGGUUUGAUUGGGGGGGUCUCGCUGGUUGCAGGGACAAUGAUCGGUUCUGGCAUAUUUAUGUCCCCACAGUUUGUGCUCUCCAACGUCGGCAGCCCAGGAGCCAGCCUGUUGAUAUGGACUCUCUCUGGUCUGGUCGCUAUGUUAGCAGCACUCUCCUACGCUGAAAUCGGGACCAUCAUAGCGGAAUCUGGCGGGGAUUUCAUUUACAUAUUGCGGAUCUACGGCCCCUGUCCCGCCUUCUUCGCCGCGUUAACGUUCAUCCUAGUUGUGAAACCUUCAAGCAUAGCUGCCAUUUCUCUGAGCUUCGCUGAAUAUGCAAUCGCCCCUUUCUAUCCCGACUGUGCUCCUCCGCCGUUGAUAUUAAAGUGCACUGCCGCCGCGGCCAUCCUGUUGAUAGCGACGGUUAACGUUUUGAACGUGCGCCUGGCCAUACGACUCCAGGUGGUGUUUCUGGUAGCCAAGGUGUUUGCACUGAUGACCAUUAUUAUUGGAGGGUGGGUGAGCCUCGGGAAGACUACUCAUUUCAUUUCGAUGAAUUUGAAUGUUGAAAAUGCCUUUAAAGGGACUCAGCUGAGCCUCAGCACUCUAGGAAUGGCUUUCUAUCAGGGUCUCUGGUCAUUCGCCGGCUGGUACAACUUGAACAGUGUCACAGAGGAGCUGGAAAGGCCAGAGGUGAAUCUUCCCAGGGCUGUCCUGAUCGCCAUCCCCAUGGUGACGUUGUUGUACGUUCUGGUGAACGUGAGCUACCUGCUGGUCAUGACUCCCGCCGAGUUGAUGUCCUCCACCGCGGUGGCAGUGACCUGGGGUAAUAAAGUGCUGGGCAGCUGGGGCUGGAUCAUGUCCGUGGCGGCGGCGCUGUCUGCGUUCGGGUCGCUCAACGGGACCUUCUUCAGCGGGGGCCGCGUGUGCUUCGUGGCGGCGAGGGAAGGACACAUGCCAGAUAUUCUCGCCAUGGCCCAUGUCCACAGACUGACCCCCUCACCUGCGCUGAUUUUCACUACAGUCAUCUCUCUUCUUGUGCUGAUUCCAGGGGACUUCCAAUCCAUCGUUAACUUCUUCAGUUUCACUGCCUGGUUUUUCUAUGCAAUCACAAUUUCGGGACUCCUUUACCUCAAGAUCAAGAAACCUGAACUGCCUCGACCAUACACGGUUCCUAUCAUCAUCCCCAUAUUGGUCCUCCUCGCAGCCAUCUUUCUGGUGCUGGCACCCAUUAUAGACAAUCCUCAAAUUGAGUAUCUCUAUGUGACUCUAUUCAUCUUCAGUGGGAUUUUAGUUUACAUACCAGUCAUCCAUUACAAACUCUGCCCGGGUCUAUUGACCAGGAUAACUCUGUUCCUUCAACUCUUCCUUGAGGUCGCUCCUGCGGACAAGAACCUCUGAAGAUGCAAAGAUAGAAAGGACUGUUUUUUGGUUUAUUUAUCUUACCCUGGCUAUGUUUAAAUCGGCUCACCUGUGCCCUCAUUCCCAUAGCACUUUUUACUACAGUUGGCGUGACAUGUAUUGGUUGCAUAAUCAAGAAGACACGUGUGAGAUGUCACUCUGAGAAAACUCAUUUGCAUAAAUAGCUCCUAUGUGCCAACCAUCUCUAUUGGAUGACUCCGAUGACAGUGAAAACCACUGCACAUCCUGGGAUAUAGUGCAGAUAUAAGUGUGCUGUACUGAAAAAUGAUUUUUGACAGCACUGGAAAAUGCUGACGCUCCUUAAAUAGUGCAGUAACUGUGUGUCACUCUCACUACUAAAAUAUCUAGGCACUAUUACACUUAAAUAUGUUGACACAGGUGAUGGGAAGGAAGAAUGAAAAAAGUGAGCACCUCUGGCCUCACAAUCGAUUGAUUUGAAUGAAAUGAGGAAUAUGGUU